UGACAAUAUAUAGACGCAUCACACAGGCUAACCAACAGAAAAAUGGCGCCGCCACGGAAGAAUCCCAACCUGUGCACUCACCACCUCUGCUUCAUUUUGCUCGUGUCCACCGCCACGCUCUCCGCCGCAUCCUACUCCGUUUGCCCCAAGCUCGCGCACGCUCGGGACCGCCACACCGACGACAACGAAACCCUCUCACUCACCGCCUCCUUCCAAAUCUCCACCGGUUACUUCUCCGACUCCGGGGGCGCGGACAGCUUGUUCGCCGCCGAUGAUGACCUCUACGGCAGCUAUCGCUCGUUUUCCCUUUUCCCCCACGGCGCCUCCCGCACCACGGACGAGGCUCUCGUGCACCUCACCGCCACCCUCACCCUCACCGGCCCCCGCAUCCGCAACUACGGGAGGCGUGGACGCCGCCACAAUUACACCGGCACCGAGUCCAUCUCCUUCUUCCUCGACGGCCACUACUCCCGCACCUCACUCGAACUCUGCAUGGACGGGAAGGGCACCGAGCUCGCCGCCGACGGCUCUCACAAGCACUAUCCCGGCGUCGUCCUCCGCCUCCGCGUCCCCGGUCCUCCCAGCCUCACCGAUCCCUUCGUGACCGGCACUCUAGAGGGCUCCUUCAACUUCGGGACCAUCCAGCUCCUCGCGUACGCCGAGGGCGAGGACUACGACUACGACAAGGACUACGUCCCCGAGGGCGGGCCCUGCAGCGCACCGACGCAGCCGGCCAGGAGCUCGCGCCUGGUGCUCGGCGGCGACCACACCUUGUGCGCCCAUCUGAAACAACAGCUCGUGACCUCGUACAAACUGGAGCACGGCGGCGAACUGCUUCUGCGGCGGAUGCGCGUCAACCAGUUGCAGUGCACCGCGGACAACGCCGUGCGCGCUUACAUGGUGUUCUCCAACGACACUGGGUCGGCCGAGAGGCGCAGACACUACUCCGGUCAACGCCGCCUUUUGGUCGACGAGGAGGCUGUCGUGGCCGAGGGGCGCUGGGACCCGCAUCGGGGCGUGCUCCGCCUCAGGGCGUGCCGGGUGGUGCGCUCGGUCUCGUCGCCGUCUGCUCUGGCGGUGGGAAAGCACGAGUGCGGGAUCAGGAUGAGCUUCUGGUUCCCGGCCGUGUGGACGAUACGGGACAGGAGUGUCGUGGCCGGGAUGCUCUGCAACUCGAGCCAGACGGGUACUGUCAGCAACGACGGUGUGAUAACAGCGUCGAGCAUCGACGCCGCCGACAAUGGAUUCAUCGACAACCACAGAAGCAGCAACCUCUCAGAUGUGAAAUACAGCUACAACAAGACGAUCCUUGAGUUGGCCAAGAAGAAUUGCCUGAAGAUUAAGACGGAGAAGAUCAAGGGCUCGUUCCCGACCGGUAAUUACACUUACCACGACUUCAUGCUUGACUUCUACGCGACAAACGCGGGGAGUGGAGGAGCCUACCCUGUCACAAUUGGUUCGGUGAUGGUCUACGGUGAUAAGCUUGCCGCCGACGAUUCCCUCACACGGAAUGGAGUGCUCGAGGUUGACACGAAGCAGGAUCUGCUAAGUGUCAGCUACGAUAUACAUUAUAAUGCUCCACCUGAAGACUGGGUGAUUCCGACGAAUAGGUCAUACUCAAUUAGCCUUCACAGACGGGUAAUCUCAGCAGAGGGCGUUUAUGAUCCCAAGAAGGGCAUAUUGUGCAUGGUCGGAUGCCGAGAGCACAACGGCUCGACCGACUGUGAAAUACUGGUAACCGUGAAGUUGGCCUCCCUUGAUGCCAGGGGUCAGGGGCACGGCAAGGGGGUAAUCAGCAGCCUCAGAGACAAGACCGAUCGUCUUUUCUUCAAGAAGAUCGACAUCAAUUUGUACGGGAUGUACGCAGAGCAAGUGUCGGAGGAGAUAUCGAGGAUGGACCUGGAGGGCAUCAUGCUGGUGGCGUCCACGACGCUGUCGUGCGUCUUCACCAUCCUGCAGAUCCUCCGCACCAAGAAGAACCCCGAGGCGGCUCCGGCGACGUCGAUCACCAUGCUGGCCAUCGUCACGCUGGGGUACCUCACUCCUCUCGUGCUCAACUUCGACGCCCUGUUCAUGAGCAGGAGGAGCCAGUACUCCAUGUACUGGACGAGCGGCUGGCGCGAGAUGAACGAGGUGCUGAUGAGGGCGCCCACCCUGGCCGCCUUCGUGCUGCAGCUGCGCCUCCUUCAGCUCGUGUGGUCCGGACGCCGGAGGUCGGCCGACCAGAGCAAGUCCGCCACGCCGUCGCCCGUCGUGUCCGAGAGGAUCGUGUUGCAGAUAUGCCUGCCGCUGUACCUGCUCGGAGGAGUCCUGGCCGCGGUCGUCCACGUGAUCAACAACCGCGCCGCGAGCGAGGAGCCGCUCGUGGUGCGCAUCGGCGGAGAGCCGGCGACGAUCUGGGAGGACCUCGUAUCGUACGGCGGUCUGAUACUGGACGGCUUCCUGCUCCCUCAGAUCAUUCUGAACGUGUCCCUGGCGGGCUCCGGAGUCCGAGCGAUCUCGCCGUGGUUCUACGCGGGGGGCACCAUGACCCGGGUGAUGCCUCACGUGUAUGAUGUGGUGAGGCGGCAGGUCUACGAGCCGAGCAUGAGCUCCUCCGACCUGUACGCCAGCCCACGGGGCGACCUCUUCGGCGUCGCGUGGGACAUUGUCAUACCGUGCGGAGCGGGGUUGCUGGCCGUGCUGGUCUUCUUGCAGCAGCGCAUUGGAUCGCAGAGGAGGAGAUCAGGUGGAUAUGAGAUGGUCUCUAGCAUCUAGUCUAGCAGAAAACGAGAUACUGGUAAUUCAGAACGUGGGCAGUUGUGAUCGUCGAUGGGAUACCAAUGUACUGGUUCGAAAGAAGAAUGUAUUGCUUGAAAACAAAGUAAAGGUACCUUGUGUUUACAGGUUUGCUA